UUUGAAGUUUCAUAUGAUUAAAAUUAUUGAUCUUUUCGAAUCAACAUUUAGCCAUGUUUAUGUAUUAUUGUAGUCCUUAUUUCAAAAUGGAAUUGCGUUUUAGCUCACUCCUGACAACCGCCGCACCCAGUCAUCGAACAGCUUGAGGUCCUAUCGCAAGUAUAACAGUGUUGAUAACGACGAUGACGAGGAUGAUAACACUAAGGUUGUGAAUAGGUCUCAGGACUCGGAUGAUUAUAAUAUCGAAGUUGAUGAUGGGUUGUUUAGAGUGGCCGGAUUCAUUGACUCGGAUGAUGAGAGGUUAGAAGUGGAUUUGGACAUUGUGAAGGCGGCUUUCAAGAACAGCCAUUUGGAGAGACCGUUUGUCAACCUGUAUACAAUACCGAGUCUCACACACGAUAGAAGAGAUAUCACCAUUUUGUUGACGGAAUCGUACAAUAGUUGGUUGAAAGGUUAUAAAGCGAUAAAUGCUAUAGAACAAGAACAACAGCAGCAGCCGAAGCAACAGCCGAUUGCUGAGAAAGCGUCGCCGGUUCCGAAGCAAUCGUUCGCUGAGAGAAUGAAAGAUAAAACAAAUGUGACAACGCCUCCUAAACAGGAGGAAAAAGAGUUGUAUGUUCAGUUGAUUGAUAUCAACAGCAGCCCCCGGUUGAAUGAAAACAAGAGCACUAGGGAAGAAAGUUUGAACAAUACCACACACAGCAUUCCAUCCCCUGUGUCCGAGAAAGAAGAGAAGAUCUUCAAUAAAGCGCAAGAUUUCCCAGACCUGUAUAGUAGAACGAAUUCGGCUGCGAAAGGAUUACGCUCCUCGCCAGCAACUUACAGCAAUAAAUCGCAUUCAUCGCCAAAGGAGUCGCCUCGAGCCAGCUCUUCCAACAUUGUUGUCGAAAUAACCACUGAAGAAAAGUGGAAUCCGAGCACAGGGGCGUGGUCGAGCAAUCGCAGACCUAGACAGAAGCAGUCCAACAACGACGUGAAUAACCCUACUAACGACCAGCAGGUGAAUGCAGGUGCAGAAGACGAGAAGGUGCAAUGUCCCAUUUGCCAGCGCAGCUUCUCCAAGUCCAAAGUCGAGACCCAUGCUUCUAUGUGCUUCCAGUUUCCAAUGGAGACUAGGUCCAAUAACCAGGAAACAUUGACUAGUAGUAGAGAUGCACCUGCAGACUUGAAUAACAGUGUUGACUUGACCGAAUCAGAUGAUGAGAACCAUUGGGAGACGGUCAGAGCCAAGGCUAACAAACGUAAAGGAUGGAGUGACGAUGAUGAUACCAAUGGAACUGAUAUACAUGUGAAACGAGCAUGUCGUAAAAAACUAUAACUUGGAAAUUGAAUCAAUAAAAUGAUUUAAAUGGAAUUUUACUUGCCAGGCUAGAUCCUCCAUAUUUUAUGUAUUAAUUGUAAAGUGUAUAAAUAAAGAUCUGCUAUAUUGAACACCAAUCUUA